CCGAUCGCGAUAGGAUACAAGAGAGAAAAAAAAUCAGGCCUCGCCGCCGGCCUUCUCCACCGCCCUCUCCUCCGACCGCCGGCGGCGUCGACUCCACGGCGGCCACGCACCGCAGCCACCCUCGCCUGCUGCAGCGGGCCCUGCGUGCGCUUUGACACCCCCCCCCCCGGGCGGCGGCCGGGCGGGCGCGGGGAGACGGGGACCGGAGACCAUGUCGUCUUCCGCGGACGCGGCCGUCAGCCCUCGCUCCCAGCUCGCGCUGGCUUGCUUCGAGGAGCUUCUCGAGACGGCGGUGGCGGACGUGGCCUCCGAGUGCCACCGCAUCGCGCGCCUGGGGCUCGACCGCGGGGUCGACGCCGAGGAGGAGGAGCUCCGCGCCUGGGCCGCCCGCGACCAUCCCGUGGCCGAGGAGGGUGGGGGUGGGGGGAACAAGGGGGCCGUCGACGUCUUCGGGCAGGCGCUCCCCGCCGUCGCCGCCGACCUUGUCGACUGCAUGAACUGCGGACGCCCCGUCGCCGCCGGCCGCUUCGCGCCGCACCUCGAGAAGUGCAUGGGCAAGGGCCGCAAAGCUCGUACAAAAACAACAAGAAGCAGUACUGCUGGAAGAAGUAGAAGCAACAAUGGCACAGCAGCUUCUUCAUACUCCCCGUACGCCAAUGCGGCAAGCGCUAACAGGGUGAGCCUUCCCAACGGCGUAGCUGAUGGUGGUGGCAGUGCCACAGGAGAGGAUCACAGCAAUCAUAUAUUGCCGGAGCCCUGAUGAGCCCCUGACUGUUGUACCCUGUUUCAGCCACCUCUACAAGUGGCUGAACACCAUGGCCGACCUGCAGCACCUUUGUAGCAAGAGUCCUGUGUAAAUCAGGGUCAGAAAACCUGCUGUUUUUCUCUCUCUUGAUCAAUGGAGUUUUGGCCAUUUUGUACAGCUUCUACCACUGCCGGCAGACUCCUCGUUCCGGUGACUGGCAACAAUGACCAUGAGCAAAUUGGCAACACAGUUUUACUUAGUCCCUGUGGUCUAUUGCCUGCCUUCUCUGUCACAGUUUUACUUAGUCCGUAUCGUCUUUUUUUUUUCAUGUAUGCUUGUUUUUUAAACGGGUAAAAUAACAGCAUUGCACCUACGUUAUUGUUGCAAUUUGGCAAGAUUUUGACACGAUGUGGACUACGGCUAAGCAAGACCGGUGACUCUCGUAUGAUUAA